AGUUGUAAGGUUUUCAAUCGGCUGUUGUACAUUUCCAUGUAGUUGUGCAGAAAAUUUUAAUCAAAACGCAUCAUAUUAAGACAUUUAAAAUAAGUUAAAACUGUAUCAAUUAAACUAUUAUAUGUUAUAAGUGUUUAGGUUAGGCCCUCAGGAUUUUGGUCGUGUGAGAGCGAAUAUGACGAUGGAUCGUAGUCUUGUGUAACAUUCAUACAGAAAAGGAAAAGUUCAAAAGAAAGAGAGAGAGAGGAGUGAGUGUGUGUGAAAGGGAGAAGGGAAGAGAUUCGGAUAAACUUGUUAUUCAAAGGAAAUUACGCAAAUGGCUGAAGCGCAUGCAACUACAACAAUUUUCAAGGCUCAUCCCAGUGGAUCUAAUGGUGGGCCUUACAUGACGACCUUCUAUAAGACUAUAAAACGUCCUUCAACAUCCGUCGAUGAAUCUUCGCCUUUACCGAAAAUAACAAAGUUUGCUUACGAUACAGUGAACGGAAAGCUUGCAUUAUCAAAGACUUUACCAACAAAACGGACCAACACUAAAAGCUCAUUGAAAGAGAUUGGUGGUGAGACUGUGACUCGUUAUGACACAAGCCUUGGUCUUCUCACGAAAAAAUUCAUUGAUCUGCUUCAAACGUCUCCGGAUGGAGUCGUUGAUCUGAAUGCAUGCUCACAACAGCUCCAAGUACAAAAGCGUCGGUUAUAUGACAUCACAAAUGUGUUAGAAGGUAUUGGGAUGUUAGAAAAGAAAUCGAAGAAUCAAAUCCAAUGGAGCCGAGGCGGUAAUCAAACUUUCUGUGAUGCAGCCGAGAUCGACGAGAAAAUGAGAAGUAUUCAGCUCGCCGAGCGCCUUCGACUCAAACAAAAAGAGAAUCAACUGAACAGUCUGAUUGUGGACCUGAAGAAUGACUUCAGUAAGCAAAUGGAUCAAAAAUACGCUUAUGUUACGUGUCAGGACCUGAACGGAGUUGAGUCGUUUAAAGACCAGACCUUAAUAACUUUACGUGUGCCCGCUGAAUCUAAAUUGACGAUUCCUGCCACUAGACUUCCUCGUGAAAUUCAAAUAAAAAGCGACAAAGGCGAAAUUGAAGCUUUUGUCUGUGGCGAUGCUCAAGACGAUUCAAAAACAGCUCCGUUGAAGUCGACUAGUGACAAUCUUUUUAUGGCCGAUUGUACAAAUGAAAGUGGAGUUAUUGCUGAUUAUUUCGAAGAUGAUUCCUUCAAUAAUCUUUUAAAUUUAUCGUCAGCACCGGUUCGAGGUGCUGUUCACUCAAGUCCGAAAGAGAAAAAGCAUCCGCUUGACCUUAGUCCCGAGAAUUUCUUCAUGACUUCGAAUGAAAUGAAUGAAAUAUCAAAAUUCAUGGCGCUCGAAGUAUCUGAAGAUUACAACUUUUCUUUGGGAAUGCAGGAAGGUGUCAUGGAUCUGUUUGAUUUCAUCUGAGAUGAUGAUAAAGAUUGCAAAUGCAAACUUGAUAACAAUUCUUUUAAUCGUUUAGAUUGUAAGAAUAUUUCUAGCAACAUUUUUAUAUUUCAUUUCUUGUCGCUCAUAUAUUUUAAUAUUCCGCCCGCCCCCGCACUUCGUUGUGAGUGUAUUGGUGUGUGCUGGGGUCUUUUGUUAAUUAGUAGUGUACACUCGUCAUACCUCCCCAUCCUUUUUCCUUUCCUCUUGAAUUCCUUUCAAGUUUUAAAGAACAAAAGAAAAUAAAAAGGAAGAAAAAAUUCAGACAAAAAAAUGUUUUUUGUUUCUCAUCGUCGUGU